ACGGGCUUUUUCUUCUUCUCCUUGGUCCUCAACUGCGCUGGCUUUGGUCUUACUGCUUGGUCUUCCUUGUGUUUCUUUCUGUAAUGGUCUUGCGAUAGCACUUGUCCAUUUCUGUCUUUUCUCCUUCCUUCCUCUCCUCUAUCCUACGGGCUACGCCGAGCACCAGUGUUCCCACACUGCCCUUUCUCCGGUAGUCCUACCGCUAGCAGAAAAAAGAACCCCGCCGAACGGCCGUCCGCCACUACCGCCCGCUGCUUGAAAGAGCCUCAACCCGGCUCAACAACCAACCACCCCGCCAAAUCCUGCUUUCUCCCCUCCUCACCCUCUCCUCGGCCUCCUCCUCCUCCUCUCCUCCUCUCCGCCGAGCGAGCGCCCGCUUCACGAUCCCCACGAUCCCCUCGACUCCCCCGAUAGAGACCGCCGCAAACCGCCACCAUGUCCGUCUCCAGCGCAAUCUCGUACUUCCUCGUCGGCUACGCCGCCCUCACCGUCUUCUUCUACGCCCUGUCGCUCGUCAUCCCCAAGGCCGCCUUCGUCGCCCGUAGCCUCGCCUUCUAUAUCGGCGUGAUGUUCUGCGCCCUCUAUGGCGUCUUCGCUUCCAUCGCCCUUACCCUCGCCGGCUACCAAGGCAUCUCACAAUGGGCCACUGGCCGCUCGUUCUGGCUCAUCUUCCGCUGGAUCGGCGGCGUCGAGUUCGUCAUCGAUGACCCCAAGAACAUUCUCGGCUCUACUCGCCCCGCCGUCUUCAUUGGAAACCACCAGACCGAGCUCGACGUCCUCAUGCUGGGUACCAUGUUCCCCCAGUACUGCAGCGUCACCGCCAAGGCCUCGCUCAAGCGCACUCCCUUCCUCGGCUGGUUCAUGACCCUGAGCGGCUCAAUCUUCAUCGACCGCAAGAACGCUAAGGACGCCCGCGAGGCUAUGAAGGGCGCUGCCCAGGAGAUCCAGACCAAGCGCCAGAGCGUCUACAUGUUCCCCGAGGGCACGCGCUCAUACGCGAAGGAGCCCAUGCUGCUACCCUUCAAGAAGGGCGCUUUCCACCUGGCUGUCCAGGCCGGCGUCCCCAUCGUCCCCUGUGUUGUCGCAAACUACAGCCACGUCUUGUACUUCAAGGAUUUUGUCUUUAACGCCGGAAAGAUCCCCAUCAAGGUCCUCGACCCUAUCCCCACCAAGGGCCUUACCGCCGCCGACGUCGAUGCGCUCACCACCUCUACCCGCGAUAACAUGCUCGAGGAGCUCAUCAAUCUCACCGCCUCAAUCAAAGGCCGACGUGUCGCUAUACCCGCCGAGCCCGCCAACUCCACUGGCAAGAGCACCGGCGUCGACGCCCAAUAAGACCCCCCAACAUGAAACCAUGCCGCUAGACCACGAAUCGAUAUGCCGUAGAACCUAGAGGAGGUAUCCAGUAGAUCGCAGGAGGGAAGCAGGACGAGAUGACGAGUUUCCUUUUUGAGGUGGGUUCGAAGGGGAGCCAUGUCGGAAUUAAGACUCAAGACAGCCAUUUGAUACCCCCAUAGACGUAUGCGGCGACUU